CGGAAAGGUUGACCACGCUGAGGGAGACCACCCUAAAUGAAGCGGAUAAGUAGGCAUGUUAUGCCUGGAUUAAUACGAUUCAGAGAUCAAGGACCCCAUAGAAGAAAUUUUUCUCGCUUUACCCAGAUCAUGGAGUCCGGCUCCAAGAUUUCUCUUGACUCAACGGCGACCGCUGUGGCACUUCUUCUGCCUCCAUCAGAGUCGACCAAUAUCGAUUCCAUAAGGCGCGUUCAUGAUCGUGCAUUUCAUAAAUGGCCUCCUCAUAUUAAUGUUCUUUAUCCUUGCGUAAGGCCGGAGCAGCUGUCAAUCGUCCUCCCGAUUCUUCGCGAAGCCGUCAAGCAGAUAGUCUUGCCUCAUCGCAGCAUGGUUCUUGAUCGGGUCGGAACGUUUACUCAUCGCAGGAACGCUACAGUGUUUCUCCAGCCAAGCGAUGAAUCUGAGGUUGCAAUUUCGGAGCUUCGAAGUCGACUUGUGAAAGCUCUCGGUCUCAGCGAUGAUGUCGGAACCCACGAUGGAAUCUACCGUCCUCACUUGACCCUUGGACAAGCAUCUCUCAACAGUAAAUCACUUGAAAAAUUCGUUGAAAAAUGUGGUUCUACUGUUGGCGUAAGAUGGGAAGCUUCGGAGCUGGCUGUCUUAAGGCGCAAACCAGCUGGCGAGAUGGAGGUUGUUGACUACCUAUCUCUUGAAAGCGACAACAUUUCAUCUGCGAACCAGGAAAAAUCAGCCGAAAAUUCAGAGAAAGUGAAUUCGGUAUGGUCAGAAUGCUUUCACUACUCGUCCGAACACAUGUGGACACGACAUCAGACAACAGAAGCUGACAACACGUCAGAACGGUCAAGACCCUCAAGACUCUCUAUUCUAAGCUAUAACCUGCUCGCAGAUACUUUCGGGUGCUCUUUUGAUGAUAGACUACCGUUGAUUAUAGAAGCUAUUCAAAAAACGACCCGAAACGAGCUUGAUGAAGUUCUCUGCCUUCAAGAGAUUAGCAGCCACAUGAUGGUAAAAAUAUUAGGCCAUCCCUUUUUUCAACAACGUUACCCGUUCUGCAGCCAUGCUUCUUCUUCAACAUUAGAAAACCAUCUUAAUCUUUUCACCCUAUCAACAAGACCGUUUGACUUCAUGUUCCAUCAUUUUGAAGAGCGUCACAAGUCUGCGCUGAUCGUCAGACCGCGUUCUUCUAUGUUUCAGAUUGCAAACAUCCAUCUAACAGCUGCCCUUAAGGAUGACAUGGUGGCUGCAAAAAGAAGGCAACUUUCUUCCUUGACUGCAUUCCUUAACGAAAAUGCAAAGAACAGCGGCCGGUUGCCGGUAAUUGCCGGUGAUUUCAAUUUGGCCAGCUCCUCAAUAACCAUCGACCUAGCUGUUAAAAAGGGCGACAUCAGUCUCGCAACCUCGAUUGUUACCCGAACUCUUGUGGAUCCAGAGAUGUGGAGCGAUGCUUUUGACGUAUUCUCGGAUUCUAAGGAGGGUCCUCUGAGCGAAGAUGACGGUGCGACAUUUGAUGUGCAGGUCAAUCCACUGGCAGCGGAGUCGAAUGCACCAGCAGAUCAGAGACCGCAGCGAUAUGAUCGCAUUCUUUUUCGAAAAGUGGAUUCGCUUCAAGUGGAGGACUUUUGUAUAUUUGGCCAACCGAACGAAGAAGGCCGGUGCGGAAGCGAUCACUUUGGCAUAGCCGCUGUACUACACGCGCCGUCCAAGAAAGCAGACGAAAACGAAACGACAGCACAUGCGCGAGAGAGGCAACACAUAUCAUACAUUCAAGAUGAUAGGAUUCUAGAACUCCAACUUCUACCUUUCUUGCCUUCUGAAGAAGAUCAUGAACUGCGGAAAAGAUCAAUUUCGAAGCUCACCAGAAUCCUAAGAAGCGAUGCUCGACUAUCAGACGUUGCAGUUGUUCCAUUAGGCUCAUUUGCUUUAGGAACAUAUUUUGCUGACUCGGAUGUUGAUGUUCUAAUCAUCGGCUCAUUACCUAUAUCUGCAUUCUUCAACGUGUCUAUCCUUAGGCUAAGUAAUGUUGCCGAACGUUUUCGUGGUGUACAUUACAUCAAUUCCCUUGUCCCAGUAAUUGAAGUCGAGCUGGACAAUAUCAAGUUCGAUAUCCAGUACUGCCAAGCUCCGCAGAUUUUAGAACAACAGUCAAGCAGCACUGACUUGGUUGAUGAACUUUUCAUAAAUCAGCGGUGGGCACUCACUCUCCCUCCAGCAGCAAUGCGGCCUCUGAACACUUUUCGGGACACAAUGCACCUGUUACGCACUAUAGACUAUAAAGAAGCUUUCCAGCAGGCUCACAGAUAUCUAUCGCUAUAUCUGCGCCGACGCGGAUUGUACUCUGUGAAAUUUGGAUACCUCGGGGGUGUGCAUCUUUCAUUAAUGCUGAAUCACGUUAUAAAGCGACUGGACCCUACAGUCGUUACAUCAAUAACUGCUGCAGGACUCGUGCGCACAUUUGUCGAAUACUACGCCAACUUUGCAUGGAGCUCGGCUUCAAUUUACGAUCCAAAUCACCCUCAUCUCAACUACCGCCGAACAGUUCGGGAACCUAUCGUCAUUCUCGCAAUUCAUUCUCCAACAGCCCGGCUUAAUGUUUCAUCAAGCUGCUCGAAAUUUUCAGCGUGUACUCUCUCAGCUGAAUUUAAGCUUGCCGCUGAAAAGCUUAGAUCGGCGGACUGGACGUGGAUGCUUCGUUCACGUGAUGCAGUACUUGAUGACUUUGUUACAAAGUUCCGUUCCUUCAUCACCAUAACGAUUGACAUGUGGGAUCUUCCCAAAGCCGGCAUGAGCUUCCGUCGCGAUAUUUUUGGAAGCAUUGAAAGUCGUAUCCCCUCUAUGAUGGUCAACCUAAGUCGAAUCACAGGACUUCAUGGUCAGGCGUGGCCUUUCAGACUGAGCUCAUUUCGUGAUGAGGUUGAGACAGAAAAGCAAAGCAGAUCAUACUACAUCAUUGGCCUUCUUGUCUUACCGCACAUUGACACAGUCGAUCGGAAGCUAUUGCAAAGCAAAGUAAUACAAGCGUCGCAGGCGUUUGAGGCCAUGAUGCGACAAAGCGAGACAUAUAAUGAGAACCACGUAUGGAUAAACGUAGAACCAGCAAGUCAAAAAAAACUGGCAGACAUGAGACUUCAUAACUAA